GGUGUCCGCCUUGGGCCGGGCGCGUUGCCGGGGUCCCGCGCGUCGUGCGGGAAACUCUGGUCAUUCCUGACCUCCAUGUAGCCGUGGGAUUAGGGAAGGUCGCCUCGAGUGUCACCUCGCCAGGAUCGUGGGCAGAUCCCGGACCGGACGUGCAAGCUAGUUCGCAGUCGAGUGAAACUUAGGAAUCUACGAGGCAGAAAUGCUGAGCUUCCUGCGAAGGACACUUGGCCGCAGGUCUAUGCGCAAGCAUGCUGAAAAGGAGCGACUCCGAGAGGCGCAGCGUGCUGCCACACACAUUCCGGCGGCUGGAGACGCCAAGUCCAUCAUCACAUGCAGGGUGUCCCUUCUGGAUGGUACAGAUGUCAGUGUGGACUUGCCGAAAAAAGCCAAAGGACAGGAGCUGUUGGACCAGAUUAUGUAUCACCUGGACUUGAUUGAAAGUGACUAUUUUGGUUUGAGAUUCAUGGAUUCCGCCCAAGUAGCACAUUGGUUGGAUGGUACAAAAAGCAUCAAAAAGCAAGUAAAAAUUGGUUCACCCUAUUGUCUUCAUCUUCGAGUUAAAUUUUAUUCCUCGGAACCAAACAAUCUUCGUGAGGAGCUAACCCGGUAUUUAUUUGUUCUUCAGCUAAAACAAGAUAUUCUCAGUGGGAAGUUAGAGUGCCCCUUUGAUACAGCAGUUCAAUUGGCAGCUUAUAAUCUGCAAGCUGAACUUGGUGACUAUGAUCUUGCUGAACAUAGUCCUGAACUGGUCUCCGAGUUCAGGUUUGUGCCCAUCCAGACUGAAGAGAUGGAACUGGCUAUUUUUGAGAAAUGGAAGGAAUACAGAGGUCAGACACCAGCACAAGCUGAAACCAAUUACCUGAAUAAAGCCAAAUGGCUAGAAAUGUAUGGUGUUGAUAUGCAUGUGGUCAAGGCAAGAGACGGCAAUGACUAUAGCUUGGGGCUGACUCCAACAGGAGUCCUGGUUUUUGAAGGAGAGACCAAAAUUGGCUUGUUUUUCUGGCCCAAGAUAACCAGAUUGGAUUUUAAAAAGAAUAAAUUAACUCUAGUGGUUGUCGAAGAUGAUGAUCAGGGCAAAGAACAAGAGCACACCUUUGUCUUUAGAUUGGACCAUCCGAAGGCCUGCAAACACUUAUGGAAAUGUGCGGUGGAGCACCAUGCCUUCUUCCGCCUCCGAGGACCUGUCCAAAAGAGCUCUCAUCGAUCAGGAUUCAUCCGACUAGGAUCACGAUUUAGAUACAGUGGGAAAACAGAGUACCAGACCACAAAAACGAGUAAAGCAAGAAGAUCAGCCUCCUUCGAAAGAAGGCCCAGCAAGCGGUACUCCCGACGGACCCUGCAAAUGAAAGCAAGCACAACAAAACCUGAAGAUCUUGGAGAUCUGAAUGCUUCAGCCCAGAACAGUGACUCCCAACAGGCUUGGGGUGUGAGGUCUCCUGUGCCUGUCACUUCUUCCUCAUCCUCUGGUCCUGUGCUGGUGGAGAUAGAGAAUCUUCCAAAGAACUCUGCAGCAGAUCAACAUGACAGGAAAUGCUUACCCCUGAGCAUUGAUUUGCUCAGUAGCCCAGACUUACUAGAAACAGCCAUUGGUGAUAGAACAAGGACAUCAGGGACGUCAGCCCCAUUCCCGGCACCGGAUGACAGGAUAGCCACCGGGUCACAUGAACUAGAGGAGCUCAGAGCUGAGUGUGAGGCAUUAAAAGCUGAUGCAGAGAAGCUUAAACAGCUUGAAGCAGAGCAGAAUGUCCUGCCACCUCUUCGACCUACCAUUGACAUUAACGUCAACAGCCAGGAAGAAGUGGUAAAGUUGGCUGAGAAAUGUCUUAAUAAUGCCAUCGAGAGCCCAGGAUUGACUGCAGUAAGGGUUCCUCCUGACUUCAAGAGUAAUAUUUUGAAAGCUCAAGUAGAAGCCGUGCAUAAGGCUACAAGAGAAGAUAGUUUAUUAACUCAUAAAAAUGCCAGCGUUCAGGAUGCUGCCACAAACAGUACUGUAUUCAAUGAAAAGGACAUGCCCAUCUGCAAAGAGUCCCUCACUCCGGUGCCUGGUACAGCUGCAGACAGUGACUCUGUACUGAAGGAUGCCACUGACGAACUGGACGCCUUACUAGUUUCUCUAACGGAGAACCUGAUGGAUCACACAGUAACACCCCAGGUGUCUUCAUCAUCCAUGAUCACACCCCGGUGGAUUGUUCCACAGAGUGCUACCAUCUCCAACGGGCUCGCAGGAUGUGGAGCAUCUUUGGCAGGGCUGGAUGGAUGUGGUCAGAAAGAUGGAUUCUCGCUGAUCUCCCCCCCAGCACCAUUCCUAGUAGAUGCGGUGACCAGCUCUGCCCCUCCCUUGCCUGAAGACUCGGCCUUGAAGCAGAAGUGCUUGCUGACUACUGAGCUCUGAGGCUGCUAUGCUGUACCCACCCGUGACCCCGUGACCCCGUAAUGGGAAUGCCCCACACCAUCCGCAGUCAGCCCUGGAUCCAGCUGAGGGUGGCCUUCACUUAGGGAAACCUGUACCAGGAUUUGACUUUAGCUCCAUACAGAGAGUAGCUACACUUUCCGUCCAACUGGAAGUCUGCCCCACGUAACUGCUCUACUGAAGAUACCCCUUCCUCCUCUUCAUGUAACUGUAUUUGCAUUGCAAUUCCUGAAGCAAUGAAGGUAAUGAGAUUCCUACAAACUAUUGGCUCCACCUAGCGGUUGCAGCUGUUUAUAACUUAGAGCAAGGCUUGCUGCCCAGAGCCUUUCCUUGCCUUUCCCUGAAAUGUCAGGUGAGCACACCCCAGCUGAGCACCUGCUGGAGACCAUGUGGCACUUUCCUGUGCAUUCCCUGGAAAUGAGAUUCAGGAAGUGGAUGGAAGCACUGCGUGAGUAGACCCCAGGCAGCCCCUGCACAGUUGCUAGUGUUCUUGGAGAAAACUGCAGAGAGGUUCAGUCUCCAGGCAGCAGGGGCUCUUCAGACCCCUUCGUAGUGGAAGCAUCUAAAUCUGUGCCUCUGUGGCCUGGCAGGGAGCAGGUGCCAGCUCAGAGACCCGGGCUCAGCCUGAGGCUGUGUUCCUGUCUGAGCCAGGGGUGCGGCCUACUAGGCUUACCAGUCGGGAAGUCUGCCAGGACCUGUUGAGGCACAGUCUAGUUCCUGUACACUGACUGAGCUUACAGCUUCCGAGCUGAAAGGAAAGAAAGAAACCUGGCAGAAAUGGGGAAUGGCUGUGAGAGGGCUUGGGGUCUUCAGUGCCUAUAAUGAACGAAGUCAGUUUACGUUAGGGGUUUUGUAUUCAUUUUAAAGUUCUCUAGUUCCCCCAUUCCCUUAGCCUGUACCAAAAGAAGUAGUGAUGUUAAAGUAGUGCCCCCCAUCGUAGAAGAGUAUAUCGAUAAGUACCUUCACCCCAGAACAGAGAAAUGACACUGACGAGGCUUUACCUGCUUGCGCUAAAGGAUCAGGCCUCAGUUGCCGCGCAGGUGAGGAUGACGUGCAGACGGUGGUGGUGCCAGGAGUGGUGCCCGGUUACCACGCACUGAUGCUAAGCUGUGUCCCCUGGAGUGUGCUCGGCUCUGCCCAGCAUGUGGCGUGUGUGUGCUUGAGCACCCAUUCUUUCCCCUCAGUUAAGAACACACCCAGCUCUGUGGUCUCUAAGGGGCUGUGAUAUGAACUACCCUGGCUUCCUUGUGGCAUAGGAUGUAUGUGCUCAGGCAAGCACUAGUGUCUUGAUUGGGAAGCUCAGGGCGUCCAGUUUCACAGCGUCGGGGAGCUGGACAGUUUAGAAGCCACUUUUGCUAAACAUUUGGCUAAGGAGUUGCCCUUCUUGCUGGCCCUCCUUAGCCAAUAGUGUAGCUGGUGUGGUGGCCAGCAGUUUCGCCAGUCCUCAGUGAUCCAGCAUCUUACAGAAGGACACCUAGAAUUGGGGCUUGGCCCGGGCUGCACUACACUGAGUGUCAGAUUUCUAGUGUCGGGAAGUCCUGGAAGGCCUGCAAGGCCAGCUCUUCUGCUAACACGUGGUUAGAUGCGGCAGCCUCGGCCCUAACUGUCCUGUGCUGUUUAGGAGCACGCCCCGCCCCUUCAAGAUUGAGGCGCUGAGAGUAUCCCAGAACCUUUUGUCUCCAGGUACCUGAAUUCUUGCUAGUGUGAGUAGUUUCUAGGGACUCAGUUAGGAUUCACUUGAAUCCCAGUAGAAAGAGAUCCUAUGUCCUACUGUCAAGCCGUAAGCUUAGAAAUUAAUACUUGGGUGACGGAUUUGCCCUGACAGAUUAGACACUGUCAGAUGUUUCCUGUGCUGUUACAGUGUGCAGUACUCUGCUCCUUUGAGAAUGGUAGUGUCUGACGAGACAGGCCUGAGAGUGAGUCAGGGAGGUGGGCAGCUGCGGCCAUGUGGGUUUAUGUCGCAGUGGAGAGAGGCCAAAGGCUGGCCUGCUACAGGCCUAGGGAGGGAGAGGGAUCCGGGCAAGGUUCGUGCCGUGUCCCUGGCUGGCGUAGGGACUUGGCAUGGCAGUUUCCAGUAAGAUGUGAAGGUUCGGUUGGGAGUCCUAGGCUCCACCUGAGCCCUUGGAAAGGAGUCUGUCCAUGUGAGGGAGGCAUCUGGAUGCUGACAGCUUCUGGGCAGCAGCUCCCUUCCACACAGAGGACUCCCGUUAUCUCAUUCCUGCUCCUCAGCAGACAGGCUCCUUAGCAUUUUACUUUGCUUUGAGAAAUAUUCUUUACAGUCCUGCUGACUGCCCCUGGGCGCUGGCUUUGCACAGGCUUGGCUGUCCUGGCCCGUCUGGGGCUGAGGUCUCGGAGUUCUCUUUAGGAUCUACUGCUUGUUUUCUCUGUUCUGGAUAAGCUCGGACCUCUCUUCCCUUAACUGCGCCCAGAGAACUGCCGGCCCUUGCUAGAUUGUUUGCUAGGCACUCGACUGGUGGAAAAUUUUAUUUUUUUCUUUCCUUCCUUCUUUGUUUCUUUCCUUUUUUUUCUGUCCUGGAACUCAUUCUGUAGACCAGGCUGGUCUCUUCAGAAAUCCUCCUGCCUCUGCUUCCUGAGUGUUUCAUUAAAGGCCUGCACCAUGACACGGAACUUAAGUAAGGUUCUUGUCUUUUCACCCGGCAGGUAUCCUAUUCAUUUGUUGUGUUGUGUUGUGUUGUAUUCCUUUGGUUGUUUUGAGUCAGGUCUCACUGUGUAACCCAGGAUGGCUAGGGCCAUCCUGGCGGGCUUCCUGCCUCAGCUUCCCGGGUGCUGGGUUUUCAGUCAUGAGCCAUCAAGCCUCGCAUAUACUUGUUCUGACAAGUUUUUUGUUUAGUUGGCUUUGGUUUUGAGUUGCUAGGAAUCAGAACCAGGAGCUUGGACUGGGAAUGGUGGCAUGCGUCUUUAAUCCCAUCACUCUCUGAGCUGCAGGCAAACUAAGGCUACAUGGUGAGGCCCGUGUCUCACUCUGCCGCCAAGCUGUGUCCCCAGACCCAUUAAGUUUGUUCUGUUGAGAGCCAGAGAUAACAUACUUGGCCGAUCCGUUCUGCUGGUGCUGCGAAGCACCAGCAGGCAGUGUGCAGCACAGCUGCCUUCCUGGGCACUGGGUUACAGAGCUGCUUCCCAGAGCAGCACAGGGGACUCCAUGGACCGUGGCGUCCGUGGUCUGUAGCACCGCAGUACUCAGGCAGUCCGCCUGAGGACAUGGUGUCAGUCGCCCACAGGGCUGCAAGAUGAGACUGCGGGUCUCCGGGUGAAAGUCUUGGUCCUAUUGUUUGAUCCAUCGCUUGGCCAUCCACUUCACUGGAAAUGUGCAUACAUGUAUACAAUAAAAAAUGUGGGUUUAUAGAUCAUUGAUGCUUUUUUUUUCUGGAAAAAAAUUAAACUUGGGUUUGGAUGGCCAGGAUGAACUCGAAACAUGCCUGUGUUGCCAGGGUGUGGAAGGGUUUGCGCUGUGGGAAGUUGUCCUGAGCUGUGUUCUACUGUCUGACUGCUUAGCUUCCUCUUCAUUGCAUUGUUGGGGGUGAUAGCCACUAAUUCUCAGGAUUGUGUGUGUGUGUGUGUGUGUGUGUGUGUGUGUGUGUGUUUUCAUGGAACUCUGUACAUCUGGAUACAGUAGAUGAUUAUGAAGACUCACCAGCUAUUUUGUGUCGACGUUUUCUACAUGUUAAGCUCUGCAGUAGCUUUGGAACUGUAAUUUAUUUUUGUAUCACAUGCACUAUAUUCAGCGACUUCCUGUUGUAUGUUGCUUGUAUUAGAAGCACCGCACUGAACUGUGAGUUGUCUGUACACUGAACAAGAACUCUAGAUAUGACCCAUUCCAAUAAAACUUCCAUGAAACGUUCA